CAUUUAUAAAACGAUUACAGUCGAAGGCAUGAAUAACACUCGAGUGCCGGUGGCUGCACAAGAAACACACACAAGAGCUGAGAAAAACUGGAACUGAAACCGAUCAAGCGAAACACAACUCGACUCCAGACUGUCUGAAGUGAUCGUGCGACAUUACAAAUCGUUAUAUCAAAUAUUCGUAAAAGUGAAAGUAAUUACAUACAAAAUGUCAUCGGCGUUGACCAAUCUUCUGCAAUCGCUGAGGAUUGUGCCCUUGGGCCAUGGCAAAUCCAGUAACCAAGUGGUGGUUGUAUCGAACGCAAGGGAACGCUUGAAGGUGGAAGAUCUGCCGGAAAUUGCGCUGGAGGAGGUGGCCCAGCACGACAGUUUUGACGAUUGCUGGGUGGUGAUCUACGACAGAGUCUACGACGUCACCCACUUUCUGAGAGACCAUCCUGGCGGCGAUGAUGUCAUUAUGGAUCACGCAGGACGGGAUGCCACCAUCGCCUUCCACGGAACUGGACACUCUGGCGAUGCCAUCGAGCUGAUGAAGGACUUCCUUAUUGGUCAACUUCCCAUCAGGCAGCAUAUAUUUCGAGCUGGCAAAAACAAGGUCCUGUCCCUGGGCAUACCGGAAUAGUGUCAGCCGAUCCCGCAACGAUCACCUUCGCCGCCGUCCUCCACGUUCUUAUGUCUAUAUGUGUUUUUAGAGUAUUCAUCGAUUUUGUGUAUAGUUUUAAUCAGCUUAUUUUCGCAUUCCGCAAAACGGCUUUUGCUUAAUCAUCAAAAACCAUUCAGCAAACUAUGUAUAUUUAUAUGAUGUUGUAUAUUUUUGUCAAGACUUGAAACGGAUCUGAGAUUAAAUUAUUUUAAUUGUGACUGAGA